CAUCUGACAGCUGCUGCGACUGCUGCCUCAGACGCUGCCACAACAUCGGCAACUCCUCUUCUGGUUCCUGCAACUCCUGUGCAAUUCUUCUCCAAAGAAGUAAAACUCCUGUGUGUAUCUAUGUGCAAUCAAAUUUUUAAAGUGCAAAUCUAAACGCUCAAAAGCAAAAACAACGGCAAUACUACAAUAAAUAUUAAUCCAAAAAAAAAUCGACUACGACGCUUCAACUAUCCCGAGAAAAAAUUAGCAUUGACAAGUCGCUGCUUUAAAAGCUCAACCGCAAUAUGGGUGCGAAGGAAAGCGUUGAGGCAGCCGCCAAAAUGGGCGCCGAUGGCUGGGGUCAUGUGGAGCGCGGCAGUCGCUACCACGGCCAUCGGCACAAUCAACGCUCUCAGUCGCUAAAUCGCGGCCAGGCGCUCUCGCAGGCAGACGUGAGCGGCAUGUGGUGA